CUCUGGCCAUAUCCACACACACGGUGCAAGCAUAUAUAUAUAUAGAGAGAGAAACAUCAUCAUCUAGUGAGUGAAACAACACAUCAGAAUGACGGUUCAAGACGACAAGGCAGGUCCAUCUUCUCUAGAAAUACAGCAAUCGCCGGAAGCCAAGGCCCCCAUCAGAGUAAUAAUCAUCGUCGCCGCCAUAGCCGCCGGAGUCCAAUUCGGAUGGGCCCUACAGCUAUCCCUCCUCACUCCAUACGUCCAGCUCCUCGGAGUCCCCCACACCUGGGCCGCCUUCGUGUGGCUCUGCGGGCCCAUCUCCGGUCUCCUCGUCCAGCCCAUCGCCGGUUAUUACAGCGACCACUGCACCUCCCGCUUCGGCCGUCGCCGCCCCUUCAUCGCCGCCGGAGCCUCCCUCGUCGCCAUCGCCGUCUUCCUCAUCGGCUUCGCGGCUGACAUCGGCGUCGCCAGCGGCGAUCCCACCGGGAAAGCUUCUAAGCCUAGAGCCACCGCUGUUUUCGUCAUCGGAUUCUGGAUUCUCGACGUUGCCAACAACAUGUUGCAGGGACCGUGUAGGGCUUUGCUGGCGGAUCUAUCAGGCGGAGAAGCUCGGAGAAUGAGCACAGCAAACACGCUCUUCUCCUUCUUCAUGGCGGUCGGUAACGUCCUCGGCUACGCCGCCGGCUCCUACACUCACCUCUACACUAUCUUCCCCUUCUCCAAAACCGACGCCUGCGAAGUGUAUUGCGCGAAUCUGAAGACUUGCUUCAUAAUCGCCAUCUUCCUCCUAAUCUCCAUCACCGUCAUGGCCCUUUUCUUCGUGACGGAGACCCCUCAAGCGGCGACGGAGCCAGAUCCGGCGAAGAAAGGGCAAAUCCCGGUGUUUGGGGAAUUAUUCGGUGCGCUGAAGGAGCUGCCAAGGCCGAUGUGGAUCGUGAUGCUGGUGACCGCCUUCAACUGGGUGGCGUGGUUCCCAUUCCUCCUGUUCGACACCGAUUGGAUGGGGAGAGAGGUGUACGGCGGCAAAGUCGGCGAGGCUCUCUACGACCAGGGCGUACGCACCGGCUCGUUGGGGCUCAUGAUCAACUCCGUCGUUUUAGGAUUCGCUUCCCUCGGGGUGCAGAUGUUGGCUAAGGGCCGAAUUGGGGUUAAGAACAUUUGGGGUGGCGCCAAUUUCCUCCUCGCCAUUGGCCUGCUUUUGACCGUCGCCGUCACCAAAGCCGCCCAGAACUCCCGCCACUACGCCCCCGAUGGGACGCUUCUCAAGCCCGACUCCGACGUCAAGAUCGGAGCCCUUGCCAUCUUUGGAUUCCUCGGAAUCCCCCUCUCCGUCACUUUCAGCAUCCCUUUCGCCAUGGCUUCCAUCUUCUCCAGCGAUUCCGGUUCCGGACAAGGCCUAUCACUUGGACUUCUAAAUCUUGCAAUUGUUGUUCCACAGAUGUUUGUUUCGGUGUUAAGUGGUCCCUGGGAUGCUCUCUUCGGCGGCGGAAACCUACCGGCAUUCGUGGUCGGGGCAUUGUCUGCGGCUGUGAGUGGCAUUUUGGCACUCACGAUUCUCCCGUCGCCGCCUGCCGAAGCCUUGGCAAACGAGAGCUUGACUGGCGGAGGGCCUCACUAGCUAACAAACUCACAUAUCAUGGCUUUCUCGAGUUAUAUAUUCAUCUUCAAAUAUUAGUCAUCUUUCAUAUUGUAUACGCGAUAAGCGUAAUAAUAUUAAAUCGUGACUUUAUUUUAUCAAUGAUGCAGGUCAUCGUGUGUGAUGCAUCUAUAAUUAUAUCUUUAUGUAAUAACUAUCAAAAAGAAAUGAUAAGUAAAAUGAUU